AUGGGCGGCUGGUCCCGCGGCGCCGUGCUGGAGCUGUACCGAGCGCUGCUCCGUGCAGGGCGCCACCUGCAGUACACCGACCGCAACUACUACAGACGUGUCAUCGCCCGCGAGUUCAGACGCUGCCAGUCUCUCAGCGAGCCUCAAGAAAAAGAGGAAGCGCUGAAGAGGGGACAGUUCUUCCUCGACAGCUGUCUGGGAGGACUCGUCUAGUGCGGAGUGACGACGGCAAGCAGCAGGAUGGCAGGAGUGAACGGAGAUCGAAAA